AUGGCCAAUAAAUAUAAUGUGCAGAGAUUUCUGGAGCAGAAGUAUGCACACAGUCAGUCCUACUAUUAUGCGAAAACUCUGAAUGAUUUUGUGAGUUCUGCCCGAACUUCAGAUGUGAUUGAGUUCUAUUAAGUUAUGGCCUUUAGGGAUGAUUCUGAAUAUCUAAAGCGAUUCUAUUGCUUAAGCGAGGUGUUCGAAAAGCUUCGCCUCUUUGCAGAAUACUACAAAUAUCAUAAUGAGAUUCCGAGAUUCUUCAUGCCCUAUAUAUGCAGGAUAAUGAGCAACUAUCACGAUAAAAGGAGAAGGAUUGAAUAUUACAGGAUCAAAAGAAUCAUCGAAGAGGAAAAUAGAAAUAAUCCCAAUAAACCCAAAAAGGCUAUUGUUGGAGACUCCCCGAAAGAAGAUAAUCCCACAUCUCCCAAGCCCUAAUAAGUUUAUAGCAAGAUCCUUUCUGGAAUCUAGGAUGCUUCAACAACUAUCGAAACGAUCAAUAAUAAAUUGAAUGCAUUAUAAAUAAAUGUAGGCGAGCUAAAUCUUUAGCCAUCCAACCGAGAACACGAAUAGUUACAGAACUUCAUUUAGUUUAUGAUAGAUAAAUAAAAAUUGAAGACUGUCGCUUAACACACGUAGCUCAACUCCCCUAAAACAUAUAAUAAACUUCCGAUUGGAGUAAGUUAGCAGACAAUCAAACAAAUUAUUUCGAGAACAACCAAAAAUUAAUAGACUUUUCACUUGUCACCAAAGACAGGAUAAGAAGCUUAAUCUUAAGUUGGUGCUUAUACAUAGAGAAUCCUAAAAGAUCCUUUAAAGAAAAUGCUCACUCCUGCUCAAAUCUACACUAUUAACUCCCCUUUGAAUCACAAUAAUACGGCAUUCCAAUUGAAAUCGAAAAUAACCUCAUCGAGAAGCAAAUAAUAGAGUCUCUCUAUAUCCAAGUAAUUUAAAAUAGGUGAUGCUUUACAUUUACCUUUACGGAUGCACUAACAUACUAGAUCAGAUGUUCGAUUUUAUAGAAAAUGA